AUGUCCGAGAUCUUCGGAUCGAGCGAUUAUUCCGACGAAUCUCCGCCUCACGCAAGUCCAUGGAACGAUAGUACGCGUGGGGAUGGUGGUGAUGCACCUAUACAUCACCACGAGCGAAGUCACUCGAGGGAUCGGGGUAUCACUGGUGUCCGCGCUCACGCUGGCACCAAUCACGAGGCCAGGGACCGAAAUAUCCUGCGCCACGCUCCUCAAGUGGAGUCUCCGUGGAUGCCGUCAUCCAGAGAGUUGAACCGAAGGGCCGACAUGACUACCGAACAGGAUCAAAUCCCGUUGUUCGAUUACAAGGAGGUCUGCCUACCUGAUUCCAGCACGGAAAUUAUCCGUGCUGAGGAAGAAUUCUUCACCGAUUCGUUCUUCAAACAUCGGUAA